AUGAGAAUUUCCGGCCCUAUCCUCGUACUCGCUUCGUGUGCUUUGUCGCAAAACUUCGAACCAGCAGACUUUAAUGUUACAGAGGCAUUGCUAAACAAUGGUGUCAACGUAUCUACCCUUCCAGACCUACCUGAUAUUGCUGAAAGGUCAGCACUCAGUGGCUGCUCGGUGGCUUGCAACUCGCUCGCAGUCAUAUUCGGCUCCAAUGUUGUCCUCGAAGGAAGCGCCAACUAUACCAGCUUCAGCAAAGCGUACUGGUCCGCGCAGCAGCAGGCAGUUAGUCCCCACUGCGUCUUCUAUCCUACAAAAGCCUUGGACGUCUCAACAGUAGUUUUGCUGUCGCGCCUCACCCAAUGCCCAUUUGCUGCAAAAAGCGGAGGUCAUGCAGCGUUUACGGGGGCAUCGAACAUCGAGGGCGGCAUCACUGUCACCUUCCAGAAGAUGAAGGGUCUCAAGCUUGCUGCAAACAAGAAGACCGUAGAUGUCCAGCCAGGCAACACUUGGCAUGAUAUCUACAGUGGCAUUGAGAAAAGUGGACUUGGUGUUGUGGGAGGUCGUGUUGCGCCGAUCGGCGUUGGAGGCUUAACGACCGGCGGGGGCAUCUCUUUCUUUGCUAACGAGCUCGGGUGGGCGUGUGACAAUGUGGAGUCGUACGAAGUAGUCACCGCGUCCGGACUUAUCGUUACAGCAACCCCGGCCUCCUACAGUGAUCUGUACUGGGCCCUACGCGGCGGUGGAAACAACUUUGGUCUUGUCACCAACUUCAAACUCAGGACACUACCUUUAGGAAAGAUGUGGGGUGGCGACCGUGUGCUGCUUGAAAACCAAUUCCCCGCUGCAAUCGACGCCUUCGUCAACCUAGGCAAGAACUCCGCUCAGGAUACGAAAGCCGCCCAGAUCCUGUCUUUUGUCGUUCAAGGAGGGACGAAGAUCGCAUCCGUCCAGCUCGAGUACGCCGAGCCCAACGCGAACGCCUCCAUCUUCGCCGAAUGGAACGCAAUCACACCCGCUGUAGACAACAUAGGGAUCCACACACUGUCUGAACUCACCGAGAUGCUCGCAGCCUCCAACCCCUACGGCGAGCGACAGAGCUACUGGGCGCAGACAUACAAACUCGACAAAGACCUGAUAAACUACAUCCUGCAGGUCUUCUACGAAGAAGGCGACAAAAUCGCAGACGUAGCCAACCUGCUCAAUCCGCUAUCACUCCAAGUCAUCACCGUCCCGCAGAUACAGAAGAUGCAGCAGAACGGCGGCAACGCACUAGGUCUCACGCCAGACCAGGGCCCGCUGCUCCUCCUCAACCCAGCACCCGCAUGGACAGACGCCAAAGAUGACGACCGCGUCAACGCCUUUGUAAAUACCUUGAUCAAGAGGACCGCUGCAGAGGCCCAGACGCGCGGUCUGGCGAGUAAGUACAUCUACAUGAACUACGCGAGCAAGUACCAGGAUGUGAUAUCGAGCUACGGGUCCGCGAAUAAGGCGAGACUGCAUGCGAUUGCGAAUAAGUAUGACCCGAGAGAGGUGUUUCAGAUGCUGCAGCCGGGGUAUUUCAAGUUGGAUGAAGCUCCGGCUACACGGUCUUGA